AUGUCGUCCGAAUCCUUGUUCUGCAGACUCGUGAUCGGACACGAAUCCGAGCUGUUGGAUGAAAAGACAGCGGACGGCCAUACCCACAGAUGGAGCGUGUUCGUGAGGUCUCCUGAAGGAUAUCCUGCGCUGGUGGACCGAUCGUACGUUCGUAAAGUGCAGUUCAUCCUUCACGACAGCUUCCCGAAGCCUCAGAAAACGGUGCGCAAUCCUCCGUUUGAAAUCACCGAAACUGGCUACGGAGGCUUCACGAUGCUCAUUCUGGUGCACAUACAACACGUCUCAAAAAGCUUUGAGAUCAUCUACGAUAUGCAGUUGUCAAUGGGUAAGUUAACAUGACCAACAACAAUUUAUUCACUUUUAGAAAAACAUGAUGUAAAGACAUUGGAGCAGCUACUGGAAGUCAAGAAUCCGGCCAAAGAUGUGAUCGACUUGUGCCUAAAAUACGGUGCCAAGUUGAGUCCAAGAAAGGAAAAGGCAGAGAAGAUAAAAGAUAAGGGAGACAAAGAUGAGAAGAAAAAGCACAAACAUUCCGGUAAAGGGUCGGAUUUAGGGUCCAAAACAAAGAAAGACCACAAAAAUGAAGGAGACGGAAAAGAAGCGAAGAAACACAAAAGUGACAGAACUGAUCCAAAGAAGGAUGAAGUUGAGCCUAAGGCUAAAAAAGCGAAAAAGGACAAGGUCAAGGGACAAGCCUUGAUAUCAGUGGACAGUUUGUUUGAAGUGGCGCCGGCCAGUGACAAUAAGAAGUGUAAGUUUGGUGGUUAAGUUUUGUUACUUUUUACAACUUUACCGUUAUUUUUUUUAAUUUUUGAAAGAACAUAUUUGACAGCAAGCUACAGUACUACUGAGAAUAUUUUAGUAAAGCCAGACAAAAAAGCAAAGCCAGAAGUGAAAUCAGAAGACAAAAAAGAUGUCAAACCAGAAGCGAAAGUGGAAAUCAACAAGAACCUUAAUGUAGAUAUUGGUGACAAGGAGAUGAAGAAGGAAGGUGACGCUAAAGGCGACGAUGUCAGGUUAAAGGUAAUUGUAACGUUACACUUUUUACAUUUUAAAUAUUUUCAAACUUUUUGUUAUAACUAUCCUGUAACUCUUAUUAAACAUUUUCAGGAUGGAGCAGAUAUGAUGAACAAAGUCAGCGAACUAAGCAGUCUACCUACAAUAUUGUCACCAAUAACCAGGAAUCAGACGACAACUAACAAAACAGAAGUCAGAAGCAUUACUGCUGUGACACAAGAGGUUAAAAGUAGUACAAAAGAAGGCAGUACUAGUGAGUUGAGGAGUACAAAGGAAGGCAGUAGUACUGAAGUGAGGAGUACAAAGGAAGGCAGUAGUACUGAAGUUAAAUCUGUAAAGGAAACUAAUGCUAAUGAGGCUAAAAGUGGUACCCAGGGGGAGAAGAGUGUCCCAGUUGCUAUACUGGAACUGAGGAAGAAGUUGUACAAGAAGAUCGACGUCGAGAAGUUCAAACUGCCGAUGUUGAGGAAGCUGAACUUGGAUGAGGCUGCGAUCAGAAGGUACGAACGGCCGAUCCCAUUGUUGACAUUCGACGACCAGCUUUCUGUCAGUUUAGACCAUUUUAAAUAACUUUUCAUUGUACAUAUAGCUGUUGUGGGUAGGGAAUGUAGAAAAGGUUUGCUUGUUACAUUUGUAAGAAAGAUAAUGAAGGUAAUAUAAUAAAUAUAUUGAUGACAUUAGGCUGUGACUUUGGAAGGUUGACUGUGCUUCUGAAGGAAGAUAAGAUACAUUAAAAGGAUUGUGAAAGGAAAUUACCGGAAAUAAUGUGUGAGAUGUUUCAGAAUUGGUGUUGUUGUGGAUUGGAAUGGGCACUGGCGAUUACCUGUCCGGCCUCUUUGUGGAACACUUCCGGUUUGCAAUAAAAUUGCUUUUAAAAUGCCUCAGGCCGUUUUUACCAUCAAAAUAUCGAGAGUGCAAACUGCCCAAAUAGCCUUUUAUUUUGCGGUGACCACCUACAAUAUUGUUCAUGCUGACCCCGGACGAGGAGAAAUUCCGACAAGGUGGAAUUAUCGGAUCCGCUUUGAAUCGGCUUCAGUCCUCAGGCAAGGUUUCUUAAUACAGUAGCUUAUCUACCGUAAUAGUUUUUUAUUUAAUUACCGUAAUCAUAGUUUUUUUAACGGAAAAGACGGUUCAACGAAUAUUUUUUAGUCUUAAAGUCAUAACAAGACCAUCUUUAGACUUAUAUACUGUAGCUUUUAGGGUCUAAAGGCUCCAUUCCUCUGAUAUUAUCUUUGGAUCCAGAAAGACCUCAAACUUCGUCCGACGAUGACUACAGGGGCGGGAUUCUGGGGUCGGAACUGGGGAAAAGAAAGUUGGGGUGGAAGAAGUCGACUUCAUUCAAAGAAUCCUCAACUUCCAACGAAUCCCUCGACUUCAGCUCGGGAAUCUUGGGCCGAGCGUUGGCAGAAGAAGGCCGAAGGGCUCAGCAGAUCAGCGAAGAAGAGAAGAAGCGGCUACCCACUCCAGACUUCAGAAGGGGCUUCCUGGCUGACAAGACCAAACACUUCUCCGACACUCCACGGGAUUCUGAAGACGGAAAACAGCUGGAGCGGGACCUGGCUAGUCUGGAGAGCGAUUACGGUAGAGACAAGAAGUACGGGUUACUGUAUUACGCUAAGAAAAAGGACUGGCAGAUGGUGAAGAAUAUUCUGGAGACGGAAGAGAUCCACGAGUUCAGUUUGGUGGAUGCUGUGAGUAUUCGUUGUUUUAGGUAUCAAAUAUUAAAAUUUAGAUAUUAAGUUAUAAACUAAGUUAGUAUACCUAAACACAGUUUCUUAAUUUUAACUUAAGUCAGACUAUUUAGAACGACUACACCGUACUGUACAUGGCUGUAGCUGCAAGUCAAGUAGAGAUCGUGAGGAUGUUACUCCAAAGAGGUGCUGACCCUUACUACGACAACAAACACAAGAUGAAUGCUACACAUAUCUGUGCACGGUACUCGAACGAAGAGACGACCAAGUGCUUGGCCGAAAUGAAGGUCGACUUUUCAACCGUAGGAGUAAGUUACUGCCAUCUUCAUGUAAACCAACAAGGUUAAUAUUACAUUAUUUGCAAUCAAAUUAUCAUAAAACUACAGUAGGAUAUUAGACAAAGUAAGUGAUUGCAGAAGAAUAACAUGUGGGCAGUCCACUUCGGCUGCCAACGAACUUCAUUCUCAUCGUACGAAGUCGUGGAGACCAUCCUCAAGGUGUGUCCCCAAUGUCGUUUGGCCAAGGAUUCGACCGGUCAGUUGCCAGUCCAUGUGGCCAUAAAAGCAGGCAAUGUGGCCAUUGUACUGUUGUUGUUGUUUCGAGAUUGUAACACCCAAAUUAAAGCGGCAGAUGCGAAGGGAGACACUUGCCUACACCUAGCUGCACGGAAAGGUAACUUAACAUUGACAUAACUUAUAUAUUCUUGUAUUGUUAUUCUUCGUAUGCUUAAUAUAAAAGCAUAUCUAACGUAUGUAGUAUAAUAUAUAAGCAUAUAUCAUGGCUACAAAUCUAGUAUAUCAUGCCAUAAAAACAAGUUAUGACUUCCAGAUGUGACCAUGUUCAGAGCAAUAUCAGCGUUAUGUGGGACGGAUGAGGCCAAUACUCCCAACGAGAUGGGACGUACUCCAUUGCACGAAGUGGCUCAGUACGGAGACGAGACUAUGCUCAAGAUACUGUGGAAGAUGAAUGCUGAUGUCAAGUUGUGUGAUAAGGUAUAACUUUAAAGAAAGCAUUACUUAACCUGACAAACAAAAUACUAUAAUACAGACAGUACUAUGACUAUCAUGAACUUAUAGUACGAUGGUUGUACUGACCAUAUGUAUUAACUAUGUUAGCUCAAUAUGAUUUGUUUAGGAGGAAAAGACACCACUGCACGUAGCUGCCGAGAACGGACGAACCGAGGUCGUGGAAGUCCUCAUUGACAAGUUCAGAGCCUCGAUCAACGCACGUACUAAGGAUGGGAGUACUAUGUUGCACGUGGCUGCUCAAGCUGGUCAUUCAAGUACGGCUUUGUGUUUCCUGAAGCGCGGAGUACCACUUCAUAUGCCCAACAAGACUGGAGCUUUGGGGAUUCAUGCAGCUGCUGCUGCAGGGUUCGACGAUGUCGUGAAGUUACUCAUCUCACGUGGGACCAACGCCGAUUGUAAGACCAAGGUAAAGAUGAUUAGAUAAUGUAGAAAGUAGUUAAUAACAUAAACAAAUUAAUACUGUUCAUGUACUGAGAAAAACAUACUCAAAUUCAAACUUAAGGACAACUACACCGCCCUUCAUGUGGCAGUCCAAGCUGGAAAGGCAGCCGUAGUUGAGACGCUACUGGGGCACGGUGCCGACGUUCACGUUCAUGGAGGGCAGAUUGGAGAAACAGCUUUGCACGUUGCUGCGGCUACACCAGGAAGCAACACCGACUGUGCUCAGAUGCUUCUCAAGAGUGGAGCUCAGCCAAACGUGCGACAGAACGACAAUCAGACUCCGCUACACAUCGCCGCCAAAAGUGGAAACACGGCUAUGGUAAAACUGUUGCUGAACGAGGGGGCGGACCCUACUCUCAUAUCCAAUGUGAGUUGUUAUGUUUUAGUUUGAGGUUUUGUAUAUUCACCAUGAAUUGGUUAUUUCUAACGUUGUUACUCCAUGAAUGUCCUUACACUUUAUACUGUAGAACGGAGAAACCCCCUUGCACGUAUCUGCCAAGAACUGCCACUGUGCCAUCGUAGAGCUGAUUCUGAGUGAGUUGAGCAAGAACAACAACGAACAGAUGGUGAAGGACUACAUCAACAUCAGAAGUGACGUAAGUGCUGUCUUCUGAAUUAUAUCGUCGUUUAGAAAGGAAAGACGGCGCUACACAAUGCUGGAGAGAUCCUGCCAGGCACGGCACAUCACGAUAAAGAAGGAGCCAACUUGAUCAGCACGUUGAUUCAGCACGGUGGAUUGGUCGAGCUACAGACGUUUGAGGUGGGUUGAUGUUAAAGUUUGUAUAACAUGAAAGAUUACGGUAUAUUGUGUUAAUAAAUUCAGGAUAACGAAACGCCGAUGCAUUUGGCGGCACGUUGCGGGAACGAUUCCGUUUUGAAAGCCAUCGUGAAUAAGAUUGGGGCAGGUUUGGUCCAAAUUGUACAGAACAAGAAGUCAAAAGUAAGUUCAUUUGGAAGUAGACUUGACAUUUUGGAGAAUAGCUGUAAGAAUACAGUAAGAAAGCAGGACAUUUAACCUUAUAUAACUAUACAUACUAUAUAUUACAUUGUUGCGCAGAACGGAUGGUCCCCACUGCUGGAAGCCUGUGCCAAAGGCCAUGUUGAUGUAUCCAAGACGCUACUCAAGCAUCACGCUCGUAUCGACGUGUUCGAUGACUACGGUAGAACGGCGUUGCAUUUAGCAGCUUCUAACGGUCAUCUGGAGCUGUGCAAACUCCUCUUACAGUACAAAGCCUUCGUCAACAGCAAGUCCAAGAACGGUGAGGCACCGUUACACUUGGCUGCUCAGAACGGUCACGUAGACGUCGUGAAUUUGCUGGUCCAAGAACACAACGCCAGUGUAGAAGCAAUCACGUUGAACAACCAGACGGCGCUACACUUCGCGGCCAAGUACGGUCAGUUGGGCGUGAGUCAGAAGAUGCUGCUUCUGGGAGCGAAUCCGAAUGCGCGAGAUGACAAAGGCCAGACACCGUUGCAUCUGGCAGCCGAGAACGACUACCCUGACGUCGUGAAGUUGUUUCUGAAGAUGAAACACAACAACAACGCCGUGCUCACGGCCAUCGACCAGAACGGGUUCACGUGUGCUCACAUCGCCGCCAUGAAGGGGAGUCUGGCUGUGGUGAAGGAGCUGAUGAUGAUCGACAAAGCCAUGGUCAUCCACGCCAAGACAAAGGUGUUCACAGUUCUUAUUACUAUCAUCGUAAUUAAGUAUAAUCUCUUGAAUAACAUAAUAUUGUUGUAGACAAUGGAAGCAACCACACUACACAUGGCUGCAGGGGGAGGUCACGCCAAGAUUGUCAAGAUUUUGUUGGAGAACGGAGCCAAUCCAGAAGACGAGAACAGUGUAAGUGUCGCUGUCUUAUCAGUUGUCCCAACAGAUCGUAUAAUGUUAUGGUUUAGCAUGGUAUGACAGCCCUGCACCUCGGAGCUCGUAAUGGUCAUGUCUCCAUCUUGGACGCCUUUGACAAGAUUCUAUGGCGACGUUGUUCACAAAAGGUAUCAAUCUUACCUAAGUUACAAUAAUGUCUUGGUUAUAUGAGUUAUAUUAACUACUAUCCUUAUAUCUGUCAUCAUUUGUAAUAUUUUUAGACCGGUCUAAACGCGUUACAUAUCGCCGCUUACUACGGUAACUCUGACUUUGUAAACGAGAUGCUGAGGCAUGUACCAGCUUCUAUUCGAAGUGAACCUCCCGUCUACAACCAUCUGGUGGUAAAAGAGUUUGCUACUGAGUAUGGACUGACCCCACUUCACUUGGCCGCCCAGUCAGGUCACGAUGCUUUGGUCAGAAUGUUGUUGAAUCAAGGUGUUCAGGUCGAUGCCACCUCUACGACUAUGGUACGCGAUUAAGUAACAUCUAACCUAUGAUAAUAUUUGGGUUACUCCACUAUCGUAUAUUCAUCAGUUACCACGGUAAUUUUAGAAUGUGAUUCCAUUACAUUUGGCUGCUCAACAAGGACAUAUCGCGGUUGUAGGGAUGUUGUUGUCCCGCUCCACCCAACAACAACAUGCCAAGGACUGGCGGGGCAGGACUCCUUUACAUUUGGCGGCCAUGAACGGCCAUUACGAGAUGGUAUCGUUGUUGAUAGCUCAAGGGUCCAAUAUCAAUGUAAUGGACCAGAACGGAUGGACUGGAAUGCACUUCGCUACGAAAGCAGGACAUACCAACGUAGUCAAGCUGUUCGUCAACAGUUCCGCCGACGCUCAGGCCGAGACCAAGGAAGGAAAGGUACCUUUGUGCUUUGCCGCCGCUCACAAUCACAUCGACUGCCUCAAGUUCCUCCUCAAGCAGAAGCACGAUACACAUCAGCUGAUGGAGGAUCGAAAGGUGGGUGAUAUCAUCAAAGUAGAGAACAUGAAGUAGUAGAGGAUAUGAUCUUACUAAACUGUUACCUAUACAUGUUAUUCCUAUAUCCGCAUACAACUAUUGCUUUAGUUCAUCUUCGACUUGAUGGUAUGUGGCAAAGGAAACAGCAACGAGCCUCUCCAAGACUUUAUCCUCCAGAGCCCUGCCCCCAUCGACACCGCCGUCAAGUUGUCGAGUGUCUACCGUGAGAUGUCGGAGAAAGAGAAGGAGAGAGCCAAAGACUUGACAACAGUAGCUCAGUUUGCGGAAAACCUUGCAGUAGAGCUGCUGAGCAUAACUGCUUCUGAAUACAAUGCUGCUCUGCUUUUGAAGGCCAAAGACAACCGAGGACGGCCGUUACUGGACGUGCUCAUUGAGAACGAGCAGGUAACGCCAUAAUAUUGUUUCUUUCGAAGUUUGAGAGACGAAGAUUGCUUCAGAAGCACAAAAAGUUCCUCGUUCUUGGUGUUUCACAAUUAUUUCGAAACAAAAUUUACAAAAAAUUGUUUUGACAGAAAUUUUGUGGCACUUCGUUGCAACGAAAUAUCAAAAUGUUGAAGUUGUUAUACUGAUUUUUGGAAUUUCAGAAGGAAGUGGUGUCUUAUGCUUCCGUCCAGCGCUAUUUGACUGAAAUCUGGACUGGCAGGGUGGACUGGUCCUUUGGAAAGAUAUUGGCGUUUGCUGUUUUCGUCUUCUUUUGUCCUCCGGCAUGGUUUUACUUCUCGCUGCCUUUGAACAGCCGAAUAGGUACGUGUUUAUUAACAUUUCAACUUAUAUAUUUUGGUGUUACUGUGUUUUAUUGCAAUAAAAUGAUUUUAUUUAAGUCUAUUUUAAGAAAAAACGAUAUUUAGGUAGAGCGCCGAUCAUAAAGUUCGUAUGUCACGUCGUAUCCCACGUUUACUUCACGUUACUGUUGACUAUUGUUGUUCUGAAUGUUACUCACAAGAUGUACGAAGUUACUUCGGUAAUGCCAAAUCCAGUAGAAUGUCUACUGCUUCUGUGGCUCUCAGGGAAUUUGGUAUCUGAACUAUCUAAUAUCGGAAGCGGGUCUGGUCUCGGGAUUGUUAAAGUAAGGUUAUAGUACCGAAAACAACAUGAUGUUUAGCGUGAAUUUAUUGUAAAUUAUAUAAAUAAAGCUGGACUAUGUAUGUUAUGUCAUAGAUUUAAUAUAGACAGGUGCAUUACUCUACUGUAACUUUUAGGUUUUAAUAUUGAUAUUGGCAGCGAUUGCCAUAGCCAUACACAUACUCGCCUUCCUCUUGCCGGUUAUCUACAUGUCACACCUUGGGAAUGAUGACAAACUCCACUUUGCUCGUACGAUGUUGUACUUGAAGAACCAGUUGUUGGCCUUUGGGUUGUUGUUUGCCUUUGUUGAGUACCUAGACUUCCUGACCGUGCACCAUCUCUUCGGCCCUUGGGCUAUCAUUAUCAGGGAUCUGAUGUACGAUCUGACGCGGUUCCUGGUGAUUCUGAUGCUCUUCGUUUGUGGAUUCACUCUGCACGUUACUUCUAUUUUUCAGGUGCUAUUUGUUAAAGUAUCUAUUAACAUUAAUCCUUUAACUGUAAUUACCGUAUUAUUUUUAGCCAGCGUAUCAACCGGUCGAUGAAGAUUCGGCCGAACUGAUGAGGCUGGCUUCUCCUGGCCAGACCUUGGAGAUGUUGUUCUUUUCUCUGUUUGGCUUAGUUGAACCAGACAACAUGCCCCCUUUGCAUCUGGUACCACCUUUUGGUAAGAUGGUACUCAAGUUGUUGUUCGGGAUCUACUUGAUGGUAACAUUGGUUGUGCUGAUCAACCUGUUGAUUGCUAUGAUGAGUGACACUUAUCAGCGGAUUCAAGCACAGUCUGAUAAGGAAUGGAAGUUUGGGCGUGCCAUUCUGAUUAGAGCCAUGAACAAACGGUCGGCUACACCAUCGCCUAUUAACAUGCUGACGAAGCUGUAUAUUGUACUUAAGGUGGCCUACAGAAACAGGUGUAAGUACAUUUUAAAGGUGUUUAUUAUGAUUGAGAGGUUACUUUAUGACUUGUCUUUUAUAAUAGUGUUUGUAUUUUAUUAAGUAUAAUAUUAUCUCGCUGAUUACAGUAAGGAUAUGCACACAACGAGCACAACAAGACCUCAGAUACGAAGAGAAUAUCGACGCGUUUUCAAUGAAUGGCCAGAACGGCCGGACCUCUCCCACGUUUAAACUGGCCGGAAAUGAUAACGGUGGGUUCAAAACUUAUAAUACAUGAUUAAAGUACAGUACGUUCAUAUUGUUGUUGAUACCUGUCUCUCAUAUUGAUCAUUUUGCAGAAGUGUCGAACGAAGAACAAGGCAACACGCGGAACAUGAACCUGGACACCGUAAUCGACUGGAAGCGGAUCGUCGGAAUGUACUAUCAAUUGAGCGGAAAGCAGAACCCCGCAGAGAUGGAUUUGGAGCGCAGUUGA